ACAUGAAGGAAUUAUUAAUGAAAUGACAGCAGGAAAAAAUGCAGCAACGAAGGCGCAGUCAAAAAAUGAAAAUAAAAAUUGGUUAAUUGCUUUCUGUGAGAUACAAGCACAAAGCGUAGAAGGGAAGGAAGAAAACAGAGGAUAAACCAGAGGAAGCAAGCAAGAGUUGUGAGAAUGGUGGAUAGGCCGAGAAAGAAAAGUCUGCCGAGGGAAUCCUAGAAGCUAGAACCAUACAUGGCCCUGGAUGCUGCAAACUCUAUUAUUGGUCCUCCUCACGGGGUCAGAAUUAGAGAGAGAAAUUAGAGAGAGAGAGAGGGAGACAAGGAUCUGUCAGGGUUAAGGAUAAAUCUGCAGCCAUAUUCUCAGUGAUUGCUUCUUCUGCAGCUAUUGAUGGUUUCUUCUUGUUCAUGGAGUUGAAGAGAAAGAUCAGUCUCAGGCUUAUAAGUAUAAACAAGAUCCAUCUCUCAUUCGGUUUCUCUUUCUCCCAUGCCUUCUUCGUCUUAUUAUGCUGCACAGUACUCCUCAGCACUACAUGUUUAGAUGCUAACAGGCCUAGUCCCUUUUUUGCCAAGGCCGAUGGAGGUUUUCAGGGAUGUGGUGGGGAGAGAAAUGGAGAAGUCGCGAGGGACGAAGGUGGGAGGAUGUGGUUAGGGAGGAGGAUUCUGGGCGGGCCAGGGUCAGCGCCACCGCGAUGCGCGUCGAAGUGUGGGAGCUGCAGGCCGUGCAGGCCGGUGCACGUGCCGGUGCCACCGGGGACGCCGGUGACGGCGGAGUACUACCCGGAAGCGUGGAGGUGCAAGUGCGGGAAUAAGCUGUACAUGCCAUGAAAACAUUGAAUAUGACGACAUCGUUUCAUGCCUAUUUUUGUGGAGAAGCAUUGAAUAUGAAUUGCAAGCAUAUGGAAAAUGAAGAAGGAAGCAUGAGAAUAGUUAGUGAGAUGAUGUGUUAGGAUUGAAAUUUAUGAAGGUCACAGAGACUUGUCCAUAGUGGUUGGAAUUUAGGAUCUUUUGUGUGUUGCUUUUGAGAUAUGAAAUUAAUGAAAGGGGUUCAUUCCAGUUGAAGAGCCAACCCCAUUCGCAGUG